GUGAGCCAUAAUGGGACCCGUUAAAAGUCAGCAGAGAAAUCCCUCUCCGAGUCAAAGGUGGAAUAGAGAUAGUAAAUAGAAAUAAACCUCGCAGAAGAAGCCGGAGCCCUAAUUCCCUACACGGAGGCAGCCAUCAUCGAAUUAGCAGGAGGAUAGAGAACGGAAGAGUACUGUACAGAGAGAAAAGAGAAGAGAUACGAGGAGAAUAAGAGGGGGGAACAAUGGGUAAGAAGAAGAAGAGAGCGUCGUCGAAGGUUUGGUGCUACUACUGCGACAGGGAGUUUGAGGACGAGAAGAUACUGGUGCAGCACCAGAAGGCCAAGCACUUCAAGUGCCACGUCUGCCACAAAAAGCUCUCCACCGCCGGCGGUAUGGCCAUUCACGUUCUCCAGGUCCACAAGGAGUCCGUCACCAAAGUCCCCAAUGCAAAACCUGGUAGGGAGUCCACAGAUAUUGAAAUAUAUGGAAUGCAAGGAAUCCCUCCUGAUGUCUUGGCUGCUCACUACGGAGAGGAAGAAGAAGAGACUCCAAAAGUAGCGAAAGUGGAUAUCCCAUCCACUCCACUCGUUGGCAGUAUUGUGCCAGGAUCAUUGGGCGUUGGAUAUCCUCCUCGUCCUGCUUUGGGCGUAAUGCAGCCAAUUUACAACUCUGCAGUACCGGGGCCUACUGCUGCUUGGCAAGUUCCACCUCGUCCCCCGCCUUGGUAUCCGCAGCAUUCGGCAGUUUCAGUUCCUCCGCCCCCAUUGGGUUAUGCACAACAGCCACUGUUUCCCGUGCAGAAUAUGAGGCCUCCUUUGCCAUCCACAUCACCUGCAUUACAGCCUUCACAGGUUACUCCACCUGGACUGUCUGUGUCCACUUCUGGCCCUGUAGCACAGCCAUUGUUCCCUGUUGUUGGGAACAACAAUAUACCUACUCAGAGUUCGCCCUUUUCUGCUCCUAUGCUCUCAGCAAGUAUUACAUCAAGCACUCCGACAGAAGUUAAAGGCUCAAUUGAGGUGCAUUCCAUUGCAAAUGCUACUGUGACAAGUAAUUACCAAGCAGCAAGCAUUCCAGGUGGGCCACUGAUCAAUUCACAUUCUUAUGCAUCUGGUCCAAAUACCGGUGGUCCUUCAAUUGGACCACCCCCGGUAAUUGCAAACAAAGCUCCUGCCAUACAGCCAGCCACUAAUGAGGUCUAUCUAGUUUGGGAUGAUGAGGCGAUGUCCAUGGAGGAAAGAAGAAUGUCCAUAACAAAGUAUCAGGUGCAUGAUGAAACUAGCCAGAUGAGCUCAAUUGACGCAGCCAUAGACAGAAGAAUAUUGGAAAGCAGGCUUGCUGGUCGAAUGGCCUUCUAGAUCAAAUAGAGAGGCCAUGGUGAAUUGUUGGAAUGCUUCAAGCCAGGCAUAGUGCUGAAAACAUUGGGGAUGUCAGCCAAACCAUGAGGCGAUCUAUUGGUCUUCAUCGACACUGGUUUGUCGAGGUGUCUUGUAAUUUGGACUCUCUACAUUUAUUUGUGUUUUAUUUUUUGCAAGAGAGACUGAAAGGAGUAAAUUUUGGCUAUAUGGAAAUGAGGGCUCUUCAGAGAA